UUGCAGGAGAGGAGCCCUCCACGCCAAUGGGAUCUUGACAUCGACUAGAGGCAGCUGGCCGCGGCAUGUUCGGCGCCGCCCGCCCGGGGGUGAGGCGCUACCCCCGGUCGUCGUGGUGGUUCCACCUACCGGUCGUCUGCCUCGUGCUGGUGGCGCAAGCGCCCUUCGGCCUGCAGGACAACACGACGGCCGUCCUGGUGGACGACGUGGACCUCUGGAACGUCACGCUGCCCGGGGCCAACGACACGCUGUUGUGGCCGGAGGGGCUGCUGGAGAACGCGUCGACGUGGACCCCGAGCGAAGACGUUGAGACGUCCCCGUCGUUCACCCCAGACGAUGACAUUACGGACACCUCGGAGGCCACGACACUUAUGGAUGGCAUGGAAACUGUCCCCGACGUGCCUGACGAUCCCCCUGAGGCCAUGAUGGUGGCGGACGAACCCUGGCCGCCGGACGAGAAGGACUUCGCGCAAGUCGUGUUCUCCAACAAAGCCAAGCCAGUCAAGGACGCCAUACUCUUGCUGCGAGAAAAGCUGCGACGUCCCGACCUCGUGGUUCCCGACGACGACGACGACCAGGCCGUUCACGGACUGCAGGUACUGGACCGGACGGCUGACCCGGCGAUAGUCGCGGGCGGUGGCGUCGGCGUCGUGGAGCAGGGCGCCGAGUCCCUCGUCCUGGACGCCUCCGCCCAGGGGCCGGGCGGCGUGUCCGUCGCCCUCCCUCCAGGAGGGCUGGGCCACCUGGACGACGACGACCACAACCCCAACGCGACGGGCAACGGCACGCUGCACGGCUGGCCCAUGAAGCUGGCCUCCGUCGUGGAGGGCGACCUCGUCCUCGGCGGCCUCAUGAUGGUGCACGAGCGUCACGACCGCAUCACGUGCGGCCCCAUCAUGCCGCAGGUAAGGGCGGGCGGGGCGAAAGUCGCGCACACACCCUCGGGGAGAUAG